AUGACUCGUCAUUUAAAAGCUCUCAUAGGACCUAGCAUUCUCAAUGCAGACUUGUCUAAAUUAUAUGAAGAAUCUCAGAAACUCCUAGAUAAUGGUGCUGAUUACUUGCAUUUGGAUGUAAUGGAUGGUCAUUUUGUUCCUAACCUCACUUUAGGACACCCCGUAGUGAAAUGUCUUCGUGGUAAAAUAAAGGACGCAUUCUUUGAAACACACAUGAUGGUUUCAAAUCCGGAACAGUGGAUAGUUCCAAUGGCUGAUGCUGGAGUUAAUCAGUAUACAUUCCAUAUUGAACCAGUAGACAAUGUUGAAGAAGUUUGUAGGAAGAUCAGAGAAAACGGAAUGAAGGUUGGAGUUGCAAUAAAGCCUGGAACAUCUGUUGCAGAGGUAGAAAAGUAUAUAUCUUUAUCGGACAUGGUGCUUAUCAUGACAGUGGAACCAGGUUUUGGCGGUCAGAAGUUUAUGGAGAAUCAGAUGGAGAAAGUGAAAUAUUUAAGAGAACAUUAUCCAUUAUUAGAUAUUGAAGUAGAUGGAGGAGUUGGACCUUCAACUAUUAGCUGUUGUGCUACAGCGGGUGCAAACAUGAUAGUCUCUGGAACGGCUAUAAUAGGAUCCAACGACCAAGCUUCAACCAUUCAACUAAUGAGAGAUACUGUACAACAGGCCAUUAAUAAAAAAUAA